CGCUUCGAUCGUCAUCAUUAUCAAGUGAGAUGUCCUGUUUUGUCAAAGAGAUUGGACAAAGAUAAUGCCAUCAUACAUGGAGAAGACAGAGAAGCUUUUGAAUUUUCCUGAACUUGAAAUAUAUGGAAUUUGUUGAUGGGCUUCUAGACUAUCUACCAGUGUUCUCUCUACAACAGCGAUGGUUCCAAGACAUAUUCUGAACUCAGCACAUCGCUUUAAUGCUAGUCAGUUGAGCAACCACCAGUCUCUUAUUCAAAGACACCACAGGGCUUUAAGUUUUCAUCCAUGGUAUAACCUUUCUCCAACUUCAUGGACCUGGUAUAAUAAUCCAUUGAUCUUGAAUUACUUGCAACAGACACAACAGCGAAUGCCUAUUCAUGCACAGAUUUGUCAUCCUUUGCAUACUCCACAUUACACAUCGUACUACAAUGAAAGGAUGCCAGGGUCUAUGAAUAUGGAGCGUUCAUCGGAAAUGGAUCCUCAGCGACGCCGUACAUCUCCAGGCUUUCAUCCAUACUCGAGAUCAAAUCUUCCAAACACACGUGAAAUGGACCCUUCAGAACAAGCUUCAUCAAGGAAGAGUAAUAAAUACAACUCAAGAACUUCCAGCAGUCAGGGUUUCACUCAGGCUAAUUGGCCCACAAAAACAGAAGAUUGCGAGUGGAGAAGGGGUCCCAGGAACAAUGAAUGCACACAGAAUCAAGUCCGAAAUAUGCAGAUUGAUUGGCCCAAACACUUGACAGUUACCUUCAGUCGUAAUCGAGCUAGCAGUAAAUCUGUUUCUUUUGAGCCAGAUUCCAAGAAGACGGCAGAGAACACUGCCCCUGUACAUCAUCAUAGGUCUCGUAGUCAACCAUGUAGCGGGUCAACACUACCUCCAAACCUUGCUUUACAACCAUCUUGCAAUUUUCAUUCAUCAACAGAAUCACGGCAAGCCUCCAAGUCAGGUACAGAUUCCACGAGCACCUAUAGGAAGAGACUAUGGUUCAAUAUACCUCAGCAGAGGCGCAACCCAAGUACCAAGCCUCCGGGCAAAUGUUUUGAGUUUUCCAUUGUGUCUUACAACGUCCUAGCACAGGGUCUCCUGGAUACAAACUAUUACCUCUACAGGCAUUGUGAUCAGGAUAUCCUCCUGUGGAACCAUCGUAGACAGAGAAUCCUGGAAGAGAUCAUAAGAGCUGAUGCUGAUAUAAUUUGUCUACAAGAAGUUGAAGAAAGGCACUUCCAUGAUUUCUUCUAUCCUGCCUUAAAGGAAAAAGGUUAUGCAUCCAUUUAUAAGAAGAGAACUGGUGACAAGGAAGAUGGAUGUGCAACGUUCUACAGAAUGAACCGCUUCCAUGAAGUCUCUCACACCAAGCUGGAGUAUCAACGUGGCAUCGGACUGAUGGACAGAGAUAAUGUAGCCAUCGUGGUCAUGUUACAACCAAAGGGAAUGACCUCAUCCCAUAAGCUAUGUGUUGCAAAUACACAUCUUCUGUGGAACCCUCGUCGUGGAGACAUCAAGCUGGCACAGUUAGGUUUGCUAUUUGCAGAGAUAGAGAGACUUUCUAGAACCAACCACAGGUCUCGAAAAAACACCUAUCAUCCUGUCAUCCUGUGUGGUGAUUUUAACAGCGUUCCGCACUGUCCUCUUUACAAGUUCAUCAAGAAUGGUCAGGUGACCUAUGAAGGUCUGGCCAGUGUGGAGGUAUCUGGUCAGGAGCUUGGGCGGGCAAAGAUUCCCAUGAGUAGCCCUCUCUGGCCCAAGGAACUUGGAGUGACCCCACUCUGCCGUUAUGCAGAUGCUGGAAUGCAAUCAUCUAGAAAUCCAGUUGGUACUUCAAGACGAACUAGACGAUCUUCAAGAGAUCAUCCAGCCGAUCAAGAUAUUCAACCUGAUGACAUCGAAGGCCAACUCGUCCAUCCUUUCCUCUUCUCUUCUGUCUAUGAUCAUAGCCAUGGAAAUACUGAAGUCACCACCAAUCAUUCAAAAACUAACUGUACGGUAGAUUAUAUCUUCUACAGUAAACAUAUAAAGGAAGGUAGUACAUCAAAACCUCUAGGCACGUCAAACUUCUCUGGUGAACUUUCUCUUGUUGGACGUCUGAACCUUUUCACAGAUAGUGAAGUUAGCGCCAUGGGAGGGCUUCCUAAUUUGAAUUGGGCAUCUGAUCACCUUUCCCUCCAAGCUACUUUACGUCUAACUCCAGUGGAAUGAAUAGACCCUUUGCUUUUUAAUUACCUUUCCUGACAUACCAAUGACUGUUAUUUUCAUUUUGGUGAGGUUUGUGUGCAGUGCUAAAGGUGCGUUGUUUGUGAAUGCGGUAAGUGUAAAUUAUUAUUUUAAGAUGCCCUAAACAGCCCUAAAGACAUUGAUGACAUCCUAUCCUAUUAAGCAACUACACCGAGGACUGCUCCCAUGAAAUAGUUACAACAAACUAUAAGUUAUAACGAUUCUGCUUUUAGUCUUUAAAAUAAAUAUAUGGAUUGCUAUGAGAAGCAGAUACAGGCUUGAGCUAGUUGUGACUCCAGGCACUACUGAAGAGCUCACAGAAAUAACAAAAACAGUCCAUAUUUCUUUUUUUUGCCAGGAAAAAGGGAAGGUUGUCUUUUAUGAAAUCAUAUGGGGAGGUACCAGUACUCACUCUAACAUAUAUAUAACUUUGAAACUACCUCUUUUAUCCUGUAUAAUAAAGAAAAAUAUAUAUGUGCUUUAGGGAACCAAGGUACCUCAAAUUGGCAUUCAUUAAUGGUUUGAUACAUAUCUAUUGAGUGUAUCUUACUGUUUGUAUUCUGCUCUAUUGUGUGCCUUCCUAUAUGAGUUCUGUUUCAGUUUUUAAUAUUAAACCAGUCAUGUCUGCCUGAGCCCCCCCCCCCCCCUCCCACUCCUUACAAGAUGAUAAUCUCACCCAUUGUAUUCUGACUUGUAAGGAGACAACAAAUAUUGUUUAUACUUAUUGUUCUGUAAACCACACUAAUGAUGACAACACAAGAAAGUAGGUAGUAUAAAAAGGGGUAAGGACAAUCAUCAAAUUAAAAUAAACUAGCUACUUUCUCAAGAUAUAUGAAAUAUGAAUAGUUAGUCCUUUUUCAGAUAAAUGGAAAAAUAUUGAUUGUAAAAGAUCAUGAAAGAGACUUGAUAUUUCACUGACAGCUGUUGUAAACUACUAAAGUCUUUACAUCUGAUUGGCUUAGUAAAAAUUAGUCACAUGAAAGCUCUAUUUCAUCAUUAUUUACCGUACUUCAUGGAAACAUUCGCCAUAUUUCAUUCUUCAACUAAUGAAAGGACAUUUAGUUACUCUUUUUCUCUCAUUUCCAACACAUUGCAUAAAUAUUGGCUGUUUGCUUUAUUAAGGUUCUUUUUAAACUGUCAUGUAUAUUUUACAGAAAUUACAUGUAUGUUAACAUUUCUAGUAAAAUAGUAUAUUCCCAGUUAUGAGCAAGAAAAUACUCCAACCACAAUCGGUCUUUACAGGGACAUAACUUUGUUUAAUCUACAAAUUAUGUAAGUCUGAUGUACUGAAAUCAUUACAAUACCAAGAAUCGUAUCUAGAAUACAUGAACAAGUUUUGUGUAGGGCAAUUCCAUAAAAUAUUACGUCCGACCCCCUAUGUGUGGGACCUUCAUGAUUUUUUCUGUCUCUGAUUUGUUGUUCUUUUGACAGCCUGUAAUGUUCUCAAAGAACCAUGACUUGGUCAGUUUAUAAAGUGAAGUAAGACUUGAGAAAAUAGGGGUUGGACGUACAAAAAAGUUGAUCAUUUUAUGAAAUUACCUUGUACUGAGUACUUCAAAUUAUUAAUAUCUAUUGCAACUUGUGUGUGAUAGUUUUAACAGGGAUGGUUCAAAUUGAAGGUACUUGAUGCACACCAGACACCUUAUUUUGAUAUCAUUCCAGAAUAAGUCAAAGACACAGAGAACAGAUAUCCAAUAUUAAUGUACAAUGCUAGGUAUGAUGAUUUUAGCAUGAACUGCGAAAAUUAAUUUCAUGUAAUCAGGGUUUUUAAGACAUGGACAGUACAACGAAGCUUAACAGCAAAGCUGUGUAAAGUUCUGUGUUCUACAACUCAGGUCAAUAGGGUAUCAUGAGGCAGGAGCAGCAUCAGGAUAUGUUUAUUGGAGAUGGGUGGGGGAGGAUGAAAUAGUUUUGUUCUCAAUUGAAAAGCAGAGGAAGUCAACCUAGGCUGCUCAUUUGAAACUCUUUUUCUUUUAAAUGCUUCACUAACAGAAGUCAAAGGGAGGGGGUGAUUGAACCCCUUCCUCCUUUGGCACCGUCCCUGUCGUGAGGCAACAGAAAAUGUCACAAUGGUAGGAAAAUCAUUUUUUGUUCCUUUGAUGCAACAAAUUGCAUACAAAUCAAAUUCUCUAGAGAUUAAAGUUGGGGGGUGAUGGAAACUCAAAUCCUUACCAUGAUGUUUAGGAAGAAAAUCAGUACAAGCUUGUCCAUUCAUUGCAACAGAUUGUUCUUCAAACGCCCUCACAUUCAAAAUAUAAAUACUAGCAGCGUAACACACAAUAUCUGUCUGCAGUACAUGUGACCUUUGGAAGAAUUAUCGUUUUGGCGAUUCAAUUGCUUUACAACAAACCCCAUUUCUUAGGUGCAUUAUGAUGAACAUCCUUUCAAAGUCAGACUGAGACUGAUAUUCAAAUUGAUUCACGACCAUAACUAAAGUUUAUUUUAUAAAGAGCAAGUGCAACUUUAAUAGUUGUGCUCAUAAAUCCAUGAAAUCAUGUGAUACAUGUACCACAUUACCCACGGCCACAAUAUAACAUCAUUAUGACAUGAGUUUGUCAAGACAACUUUAAGUAAUUUAACGAGACUGGAAGCGUAAAGUGCAUGUUUUCAACCUAAGGUGAACUGUUUGUCUUCCUGUGUACCUCAAACACUGAAAAAAUAUUGCUUAAAUUAGCUGCAGCUCUGUUGAGCAUCAAUUUACUGGAGUUAUUUCUACAGGCUAUACAUUUUGUCUAUGACCAUGCAGGGCAUGCUUAUUCUCAUAUUGUGAAGAUGAUAUAUUAUCUAAGUUAUUUAUUCUAUUCUCGAACAUGAAUUGUUUAUUAAGUUGUGAUUCAUAUUUAUGAAUAAUAGGGGCUUUAUUCUGUUUUCACAAGUUCAUUCAUUUUUGAUCUAGUUGGAAUAAAAGAGGAAGAGAGGAGAUAUUUUA